UGAACAGUCUUCUUGCAAGUUGCAACCGCUUCAUGGCUUCUUCCCUGGCUUGCUUUUUCUGAAGAAAGCGUGGCAAUGGUCUCAGUCGUCAGAGACUCGUGCCUCGUGAGAAAUCACGGUAGCAAGUGCAAAGAUUCAGAUCUUUCAUUGACGUGAGAAAGUUGGGCAGGUCGUGCAGGGAGGCUUGCUGGAUUGCACCACGCUGUGGAUACCUGGUCGUGACGUUUUACAUAGGUAUUGUUGUAGAUAUUCGACUUCACAGAUUGAAUGUUCGAGGCAGUUCUUGUCUUGUCUUUACACAUCCCGGUGUGAGAAUGCUUGGCUGCAAGCUCAAAUCUGGCUAGCAAUCAUGACCAAAACAAAGGCAUGGUUCUUUGGGGCGCGGAAAUGCUCCCCGUAUGAAAUAGGUUAGAGGAUGCAAACUAGAAGGGCGUGAAGCAGAAGCAGAAUUCUAGGUUAGUGAUCAGUCAAACAAGGCCAAUGGAGGAUUGCAGCGACAAGAAGGACUCUAGUGCCCGAGGCACCAUGCAAGGGUCAAGUAGGUUGGAGGGUUCGGCAAGCUUUAAGAGGGGUCUGGGGACGGCAGGACCGUCAAUGAGUUACCCUGGGCGGGACGCUUAUGAAGAGAUGGAUGAUGAUGGGGUGCCCUUGUUCCUGCGUGGGGAUGACGAGAAGACAAGGCGUAGGAUAGAGGUGCUGCUGCAUUCAAGCCCUCAUGGGCUCAUUGUGACAGAUGCGUUAGCUGAAGAUCAUCCAAUCACAUAUGUAAAUACCAUUUUCCAGUACUACACUGGGUACGAUGCAGAGUCCAUCCUCGGGAGGAACUGUCGCUUCCUUCAGAUGCGGGGAGAGUUUGCUGACAAGCGGCACCCCGCAGUCGAUCUCAAAACUGUUAGAAAAAUGAGAGAAGCAAUUGCAGCAGGCCAGGAAUUCAAGGGCGAACUUCUCAAUUUCAAGAAGGACGGCACCCCCCUAAUAAACAACCUCCUCAUGACGCCAAUUCACGGCGAGGACGGUAUCGUCACCCACUUCAUUGGCAUCCAGUCCUUCCGCCCCAUCAAAAUGGACCUCGGUCCCCUCCCUGAGCGCCCCUGGAAGGACGUCCCCCCUGUGCGACACUCUGAACUCCCUCCAGUGCAACCAUCUGAGGAAUCUUUUGCUGCGGGGACGUUUGGGGGCGCCUCUCGGCACAACCCUGCUGUCUUCGAGGCGCUGAGCGACGAGGUGCUGGUCAGCAGAAUACUUGGGCGGCUCGCGCCGAAGGACGUUGCCAUAUGCUCAAUGGUCUGCAGGCGCUUUCGGCGGCUGGGUCAGGACGACUACAUCUGGAAGCGCGUCUGCCGGAACUCGUGGGGCCACAACACGGCGGCCGCCAUCCAGGCUGCCCUCGACUCGCAAACCCCAUCCCUCGGGUGGGCCCGCAUCGCCCGCGAGCUCACCACUCUCGAAGCCGCUGCCUGGCGCAAGUUCACCGUCGGGGGUUCCGUGGAGCCCUCUCGCUGCAACUUUAGCGAGUGCGCGGUUGGCAACAAGCUCGUCCUCUUUGGUGGCGAGGGCGUCAACAUGCAGCCGAUGAACGACACGUUCGUGCUGGACCUGAGCUUGGAGCACCCGGCCUGGCGUCAUGUGGACGUCAGCGCAGCCCCCCCCGGCCGGUGGGGACACACGCUCUGCUGCCUGAACGGCUCUUGGCUCGUCGUGUUCGGGGGGUGCGGCACCGACGGCCCGCUCAACGACGUUUUCGUCCUGGACCUCGAUGCGGAGCACCCCGCGUGGCGCGAGGUCGCGGGCGCCGGGCCGCCUCUCCCGCGCUCGUGGCACAGUUCGUGCACGGUCGACGGGACGUACCUCGUCGUCUUCGGGGGGUGUACGGACACGGGCCGGCUACUGAGCGACACGUUCCUCUUGGAUCUGACGGCGCAGAAACCGGUGUGGCGGGAGAUCGUGGGCGGCUUCAAGCCGCCCUCGCGCCUGGGGCACAGUUUGUCGGUGCUAGAGGGGAGCAAGGUGCUCAUGUUUGGGGGGCUGGCGCAGUCGGGGCCGCUGCGGUUGCGGUCGAGCGACGUGUUCACGAUCGACGUGGGGAUCCAGGAGCCGAACUGGAACUACCUGACGGGCAGCAUGCUGCCGGGAGGGGCGCCCGCGACAGGCCCGUCGCCGCCCCCGCGAUUAGAUCACGUGGCCGCAACGCUUCCCGGAGGCCGGGUGUUGAUCUUCGGGGGAAGCGUGGCUGGGCAACACUCCCCGAUCCAGCUUUAUGUUCUGGAUCCGAAGGAGGGACGGCCAUCGUGGCGGAUGCUAAACGCUCCCGGUUUGUUGCCCCAGUAUGCGUGGGGCCACAGCACGUGCGUGGUUGGAGGAGGAACGCGGGCGGUCGUUCUGGGGGGGUUCGAGGGGGAGGAAAGGCUGCUCAAUGAGCUUCACGAAUUGAGCCUGUUGGACGUGGAGGGGGGGGACGGUGCUCUGGGCACGUCAGAAUUGGAGGGGCGGCCGGAGGGCGCUAAGCAGCCGGACGGUUCUGAGUCGGAUGAUAAGGAAAGCGGAGAAAGCAGCAUGAUGGAAGAGCGAUCGGCGCUUGAAAAUUGAUUCCCUCAACUGCAAACGGGGUGCUUUACAGAGAUCAAGUCCGUUAGGUUAUGGUGGUUCCAAGGUUUCCAGCUGUCUCCGAAACUGUUCGUGGCAUCGAUUUUGGGCCUCAAGUUGUUCGCUACUAUUGGAAACAAAAGCCUGCUUGUAUAGGAGGCGCAAGAGGGACGCGUCGGGGCCAGAAGGAGUCGAUUGCCAUAGCCACCCCCAAAGCUUUUGGGUCGGGCAAAUGGCUCUAAUAGUACUUAGCAGUCACUAGUAGUAUGAUCCGCUGCAUGUGUGUCACGCUCACAGUGCGACUCUUCCAACGCUUAAUCUGGCAUUGACAGUUGAUCAGGUUUGGCAUGGGUGGUCGAGAACCGAUGCCCUUGGUGGUGGUGAUUGCUUGAGACCCUGGGAAGUUGAGCACAAACUGCUGAAUUGAAAGAGACUGAGUUCGCUUAGGCAAUUCAUCAGGAUCAAUCUUGUAAUCAGAAGCAGUGCGGCCACCACAACUCAAAAACCGUAUUCAAGGCCCUCCGACUUUUGCUGCUGAAGAUUAUAAGUAAAGUUUCUUUGUG